AUGGCUCACUCACACUCCCAUGACAACGGUAUUAACCAUUCUCACGAUGACUUCGGAGGUCAUGGCCACUCACAUGAGAUCCUCGAUGGUCCUGGCUCCUACCUGGGUCGCGAAAUGCCCCUCAUCGAGGGACGCGACUGGAAAGAUCGGGCCUUUACCAUUGGUAUUGGAGGCCCCGUGGGCUCGGGAAAGACAGCUCUCAUGCUUGCACUGUGUCUCGCGCUGCGAGGCGAGUAUAACAUUGCGGCCGUAACAAAUGACAUUUUUACCCGCAACACGCAAAUCGACAGCGAAGAUGCCGAAUUCCUCACCCGCAACAAAGCCCUCUCUCCAUCACGUAUCCGCGCCAUCGAAACAGGCGGUUGUCCCCACGCCGCUGUCAGAGAAGAUAUCAGCGCCAACCUUCUCGCCCUACAAAACCUCCAGAAACAAUUUCAGACUGAUCUCCUGCUGAUCGAGUCCGGCGGCGAUAAUCUGGCUGCGAACUAUUCGCGCGAACUAGCUGAUUUCAUCAUCUACGUGAUCGAUGUCGCGGGCGGAGAUAAGAUACCUCGGAAGGGUGGGCCCGGAAUUACGGGGUCAGAUUUGUUGGUUGUUAAUAAAUGUGAUUUGGCUACGAUUGUGGGCGCCGAUCUGGGUGUCAUGGAACGGGAUGCAGGUAAGAUGAGAGAGGGUGGGCCCACGGUGUUCACUGAGGUUAAGAAUGGAAAGGGCAUAGAGCAUAUCGUAAAUUUGAUCCUGAGCGCGUGGAAGGCAAGCGGGGCGUAUGAGUUGAGCUUGGAUAGAUGGAAGAAUGGGGCAGUUAGGGGGUCUGGUAGUGUUGAUGAGUAA